CCCGGCCGGAACCUUGUGCAACACGUUCUGUGUUCCCGGCGGGCGACACUGGGCGGACGGGCCUGCAGGGACUGAGCAGAGGCGGUGGGGGAGAGUCGAACAGGCCGGAACUGAAGCCCUGGGAGCGGGGAGAACGGAGAUAUAGAGCGUCGCGGGGGGAGUUCCCCUUUGUCAGAAAAGGAUGAGCAGAUAACCUGGAAAAUUUCUGCAAAGGCUUGAGAUGUCUGACGCAUCCAUCACAGGGAGCGAGCCUGAAUUGGACCCAGAAGAUAUGGAGGAGGAAGAAGAAGCAGAUGAUGAUGAUGAUGACGAAGAAGAAGAAGAGGAGGAGGAUGAGGAGGAGGAGGAGAAUGAUGGUGAUGAUGAGGAUGAUAUGCAAGAUAAAAAUAAGAAGUCCCAGAAUGCAGCAUUGGGUGCAGACAAUUCUGAGCAAGAAGGAGAAGGAAGGAAGCACUCAACUACCUCAGGACAGAGUGAACAAGAAUCAGAUGAGGCAAAGAAAAAGCGUGCACAGAAACCUGCAAACCUGAGAAGAAACAUUCGAAAACUCCUGCGGGAAGAUCAGUUAGAAUCUGUGACCAAGACAGCUCAGCAGGAGGAGUUGGAAAGACGAAAACGACUGGAACAACAGAGGAAGGAUUACCCAUUGCCGCUAACUUUACCCACUGUAUCAUUAGACUUUCUGCAGGAGGAGAUUGAGCUGAGAGCAGCAGAUGUGUCGCAGUUGGUGAAAAGCCAAGAAAUUAUCUGUCUUGACAGCAGCAGUGGUGAUAGUGAUGAUGAGGAGAAGGUGAAGGCUCAUGGCAUUAAAGAUGAAAUAAUUGAAUUGAGCUCUGGGGACGAGGACACUCUACAAGUUCCAGAUGCAGAUUCCACCAAUGAAGCUGAUGAAGACAUAAGCACUGAAAAUAGUGGCUCCCAUGUGAAUGAUGCCAUUAAUCAAGCGGAUGCUUUGGGCCAUGUCCUAGUAAACAUUAACCACCCACCUAACGAGAAAGACAUUUUUCUGGCACCACAGCUUGCAAGAGCUGUCAAACCUCACCAGAUUGGUGGCAUUCGCUUCCUGUAUGACAACCUUGUUGAGUCUUUGGAAAGGUUUUCAAGCAGCAGUGGAUUUGGCUGCAUCUUGGCCCACAGUAUGGGUUUGGGAAAGACUUUACAGGUUAUAUCCUUCCUGGAUGUGCUCUUCCAACAUACCUCAGCAAAGACUGUGCUUGCAAUUGUACCGGUCAACACAUUGCAAAACUGGCUUGCUGAAUUCAACAUGUGGCUCCCUCCACCGGAAUCAUUGCCAAAGGAUCAUAACCAUGAACUGGUUCAGCCACGUGCAUUUAAAGUCCACAUUAUGAACGACGAGCACAAAACAACAGCAGCACGAGCCAAAGUAGUAAAUGGCUGGGUGACAGACGGAGGAGUCUUGUUAAUGGGCUAUGAAAUGUACAGGCUGCUUUCACUGAAAAAAUCCUUUACUGCUGGUAGAAAAAAAAAGAGCAAAAAGGCUGCGGGACCUGUAAUUAUUGAUUUGGAUGAAGAGGAUCGUCAACAAGAAAUGCUAAAAGGGAUAGAAAAGGCUUUGUCAAGGCCUGGCCCAGACGUAGUGAUCUGUGAUGAAGGUCAUCGUAUAAAAAAUUGUCAUGCCAGCACUUCUCAGGCCUUGAAGAACAUCCGAUCACGAAGGAGGGUAGUAUUAACAGGCUACCCCUUGCAGAACAACCUAAUUGAGUAUUGGUGCAUGGUGGACUUUGUGCGGCCUGAUUUUCUUGGUACUAGGCAAGAGUUUAGCAACAUGUUUGAAAGGCCAGUCCUAAAUGGACAGUGUAUGGAUAGCACACCCCAGGACAAGAGACUCAUGCGAUACCGGAGCCAUGUCUUGCACAGUUUACUGGAAGGAUUUGUUCAAAGACGUGGACAUACAGUGUUAAAAGCGCAGCUUCCGUUUAAAGAGGAACAUGUUAUCUUGGUGCGUCUGUCUAAAAUUCAGCGGGAUUUGUACACUGAAUUUAUGAACAGAUUUCGAGAUGCAGGAAAUAGUGGCUGGCUAGGCUUAAACCCACUCAAAGCAUUCUGUGUUUGCUGUAAGAUUUGGAAUCAUCCUGAUGUGCUGUAUGAAGCAUUGCAGAAGGAAAACUUGGCAAAUGAGCAGGACUUAGAUGUAGAAGACUUGGGCACUAAUAAUCGUUGCCAUGCACAAAGUGGCAAGAUCAAGGUAGAACCGAACAGCUUGGGGGCCCUCAUGGGAGAGACAGCACACACGAAGCAGCUGCAGGGUAUGGUUCUGAACCCCUCCCAAGAAAAAGCCAAUCAGGUUGUCACAUACGAAUGGGCCAAGGAGAUUCUUUGUGAUUACAUACCAGGCCAACUGCCAAACUCACCCAAGAUGGUGCUUUUGUUUCACCUGAUUGAAGAAAGCAUGAAAGUGGGCGACAAGAUUCUGGUGUUUAGUCAGAGCCUGUCCACCUUGUCCAUCAUUGAGCAAUUUUUAGCCAAGAGGAAAAUGCCAAUCCCGGUGGGGUCUGAUGGCCAGGAAGGUCACACAUGGAUUCGGAAUAUCAACUAUUACAGACUGGACGGCAGCACUUCCGCCUCAGAGAGGGAAAGGUUAAUAAAUCAGUUUAAUGACCCGAGUAAUGAAAAGGUGUGGCUGUUCUUACUCUCCACACGUGCUGGGUGCCUUGGGGUAAAUCUGAUUGGUGCUAAUCGUGUAGUGGUGUUUGAUGCAUCAUGGAACCCAUGUCAUGAUGCUCAAGCUGUUUGCCGAGUAUACAGAUAUGGGCAAAGGAAACCAUGUCAUAUCUACAGACUGGUAUCUGACUUCACUCUGGAGAAAAAAAUUUAUGAUCGUCAGAUAACAAAGCAAGGAAUGUCAGAUCGUGUGGUUGAUGAUCUGAACCCCGAAAUGAAUUUUACACGCCGGGAGGUAGAGAAUCUGCUGCAUUUUGUGGAAGAGGAGCCAGAUCCCACACGGAAACACCUAGAUCCAUCUAAUUUCCAUGAAGCUGUCCUACAGAAAGCCUGUCUCCAGUAUCCCCAUCUAAUCACCAAGGAGCCUUUUCAGCAUGAAUCCCUGCUUUUGGAUCGCAAGGAGCAGAAACUGACACUAGCUGAGAAAAAGGCUGCAAAGCGUGGUUAUGAGGAAGAGAAGAGAGCAUCCAUACCAUAUACACGACCCUCCUACACACAGUACUACCCUGCUCCAGACCACAGUCUGAGUAACAUCCCUGCCUUUAAUCAGAGGCACUGGCGCCCACUCAUGAAGGGAGAUGAUAGGCCUGUGGCCAGUGUACGGCCACUGCAGUCUACACCUAUCCCUAUGUUGCCGAGACACGUAUCUGUGAAUCAUCCAGGAUCUGCAUCGGCUUCUGUUCAUCCAUUUAACCUCCCAGUCAACUAUCUUCAGAGAGCAGGCGUGCUUGUGCAAAAAGUUGUCACCACCACAGAUAUUGUUAUUCCAGGAAUGACCACCUCCACUGAUGUUCAAGCACGUAUCAGCGCAGGCGAGAGUAUCCAUGUUAUCCGUGGUACAAAAGGAACCUAUAUCCGUACCAGUGAUGGACGAAUAUUUGCCAUCAGAGCCAGCGGAAAGCAAAAGAGUGGUGAAGUGCGCAGACUGGCAACACCAGGUGCACAGGGUAGCUCUGCUCCAUAUCUGAGCAAUGGAAGGCACUCAACCUCCAGUCCCACACAAGAAGACUCAGAGGAUCCUCCCAGGCCCUUCUCACCAGACAGUCCUGAAAUCAUGAAUGAGCUUCAGAAAUAUGCAGAUGCGGCAGCUGCCCGGGGCUCAAAUACAGCCCCCCAACUUCAGAACCUGGACUUUCAACACCAAGGACUAAAUCCAGCUCCCAAACUACAACCGAGAAAGCGGAGGGAGCCCCAAGACCAAUCCAGCCACUGGCCUCCCAAUAAGAGGAAUCCAUACUCACAGAUGAGUUACCCUAACACAGGAUUUGGGGUUACACCUUCCACAAUGAACCAUAACCUAGUCAGCUCUGCAAACCCUGUGUUCAUGGGACCAGGAGGGGGCUCAUCACACUUCCAACUGCCAUCUUUGCUGUCAGACCCACAGACAGGACUGCCGCAGGUUCAGGACAAUCUAAUGACCCACAACUCUGGGACUUCCUCUGCCCCUUCUGUUCCUCCACAUUAUCUGUUGCCUCAUGGUUUCCCUCUUUCCUUUUCACAACCUCUGCUCCCUCAGACCCGAAUGUUUGCCCCUUAUCCUUCCCAAAUUCUCAGUCGGGGGCUCCCCACUAAUAACCCUGCUUCAAAUUUUCCUGGCUACCUCUCCUCUAACUACCAGGCCUCUCCUGGGACUUCAUCCCGUCCGCUCCCAUCAGGGGAGACAGAGCUUGGGUCUAGUGAUGAGGAUGGGCGGGAUGAUGAUGAUGUGGUGGAGGUGAUGGGGGAGUGAAGAGGUAAGCUUGGGUGCCACAUGACACAUGUCAUUCCAAAUUUAAAGGACAGUGAAGUGCUGUGCCCUGAGCUCAUCAGAUCAUUCGAAUUCUACCUACUCAACUUUAGUGGCAGUUUAUGAACAUUCCUGCCAUUUCAUGAACUCCCUAUCAAACAAUCUGAAUGUUACUUAGGAUUGGUCUUGUCUGUCUGAUCCCAUGCAGGAAGAGGAUCUAUCUGUCCCACUUCUUAUCACCGUUUACCAGCUUGUGGAAAGUGUAGGAUUUUGGUAUUUCUUUUGGGUUAAAGUACCCAUAGCACUGUGCAACUGUCAGGAGCCUUCGCUCCCAGUGCACAUAGCCUUAGUGUAAUUUUAAAAAUCUGUGACGGUUACACUAUAGCUUCUUGGGAUUAAGCUCUCAUCUAAUGGGUGACCAGAUUUAGAAGGAUCACCGAAUGGUCAUUUUUGUAUUUUUUGACCCCCCUAAUGCUGCUAUUUGUUGUUAGUAAAAUAAGUACAAUUUCUUUUUCACAUUCAGCAGUGAAAAGGUUAAUGGACAUGGAUUUUUCUGUUAAUAGUUAUUUUUAAUUGUCCC